AUGGGAAAGCACUAUUGUGACUACUGCGAUGUUUUUUUGACUCACGACUCGACAUCAGUUCGAAAAGCUCACAACUGCGGUCGAAAUCAUUUGCAGAAUGUGCGUGACUAUUAUGCAUCUAUUUCUCCGUAUGAAAUGCAAGCCAUUGCAGACAGCAUUUUAAGGGAGUACCAGAAGCGAGGUCUCCCGCCCCCCAUGGAGUUGGUCGCGCCUCAAUUGGCAUACAGACUGCCUCCUCCCUCGCUCAUGCCGAAUGGCCGCGCACCUUUCAUGGGGGGCGCGGCUAUGCGCCCACCGCCUGGGAUGCCUGCCCCAGAUUUCUCUAAGCCUCCGCCUGGAGUGCCGCUGCCGGACUUCUCCAAGCCCCCUCCUGGCAUGCCGCCGCCAGACUUUUCCAAGCCACCACCUGGCUUGAUGACACCUGACUUUUCGAGGCCACCUCCUUCUAUGACACGACAGACUCAGCCACUACCGCCCCGACCUGCGCCAUCGCGAUCGUAA